GUCUGGAUAUAAAAGAUUGUGUACAGCAACAAUAAAGCCGUCACUUGGGCCAUCAGCCCAGGGGACCCUCCUGUUCCCAAACUUUCUCUUCUCUCUUUUUUUCUUGCAUUCCCCUACCCUCAGGACCUUGACCUCGGUGUUUGUCUUGCUGAUCGCGACAAGUGGUGCCUGAACAGGGACCUGAAACAACAAGGAGGAAAGCAAAAGCAGACCACGCGGCGUCUAAUUCAGGAUGAGGAAGCGCCACGCUGGGUCCUGCUUCGGCUCCUCAAAGACAUUACGGUUGUGCCGAAAAAUGGCCAAAUUGACAGUGACGGAGCCCCCCCAGAAGCGACAACAGUGGAGUCAUAAGGCGGGUACACCCACCUGGGGACAGAUAAAGAACCUGCUAACCCAGGCCACUGAUGUAGUAAUGGCCUCAGGUAGAGAGAUAAUGGCCACACAUGUCUUCUUGGCAUGCCUGUGCAUUCUCACUACAACCGGGGAGUCUGCCCUCUAUUGGGCAUACAUGGUAGGUCCUCCUACAGUACAACCUGUAACAUGGAGAGACCCCACACCCAUAGUAUACACCAAUCUCACCUUUAUGGGAGGGGAAGAUACAGGGUUUUUGCCCACUGUGUUGGCCUCUAUAAAUUGGACGGCACUCUCUGCAGGAGUACCCAUCUGCCUACAAAGGGAGUCUACGCCGUACAAACUUGCUUAUGGGUGUUUGGGUACAAAACCAGUAGGGCGGUCUAUUACUUAUACUAUGUGGCAAAAUGGCAAGCGUCCUUCUGAAUGGUACCCUGCUCCAUUGCCGCUUAUUGGCAAAAAAGAAAAUUAUUUAAAAAAUGGAUUUUUUUGGACCGCGUAAUACCCCUCAAAAUCUUCCUAUAUGUCCCUCAGCUGGUCAAGGCCUUACUGGGGACUCACCUUGGGGUAUAUGUGCCCAAUCCUCUUCAUUGAGGAUGACUCCUAAAGACAUAAACUAUACCAUUACAGAUUAUUCCCAAAAGGCCCGGCUAGCUCAGUUGGUAAAGCAUGGGAUUCUUAAUCCCAGGGUCGUGGAUCCACCUCCUAGCAAGGUACAGGUACACCACAAGAUUAUCCCACAAACCAUUUUACAAUCCCCUAAAAAAAAUUCAUUCUGAUCUUUAAAAAUUAUAUGCUACCUUUAAUAAAAUAUAUACUAAUAACAGCUUUAGUUUUCCAGAAUAUUAUGUUUCUCCAAUUCUGCAAUUGUGUGUCUGUGUUCCUCCACCCUACUAUCUGAUUGUUGGAGAUGGGACCAUUACUCCAGUAAAAAAAAAAAAUGGUCAUCAGUUAUACCGGCUGACGUGUCCUUCUUGUGUUUUAACCAAUUGUCUACCAGUAGAUAAACCCUCUAAAAGUGAAAUAAAGGUUUAUCUGGUCUUACAACCUCCCUAUUGGAUAUUGCCAAUAAAUGUUACAGGACCUUGAUAUCCUAAUUAUAAGAUACAAUUGGCCUUAAAAAUCAGUAAACGGCUACGCAGGACCAAACGGUUUCUUAAACUCUUAAUUGCUGGACUCAUAGCAGCAGUAACUGUAAUUGCCUCUACAACUGUAU